AUGGCUUUCCAGGGUUCCAAGCUCCGCCGCGAAAUGCGUCAAUUAUAUGCAUGGGCAUUUUCUUGCACCAGCACACUCUUUCCAGCACUCGCGAGAGCCUCCACUGAUCCAUCCAGCAAUGAUUUGACCGUUUUCUUCCAUAACAAUGGCAACUGGUCCACGCAUGGAACACGGCCGAGUGCACUCUUUGUCAACGUUCCUGUCAGCUACUCGCAAGCUGUCAGCAUUUGUGAGGCUUACAAUGAGACCCUUUUGGGCUGUGAGGACUUUGAUGACCACACCUAUGAGCUUUCCUACCAGCAAUAUCUCGGUGUCAUCGACCAAAACCAGACCUUUUGGUCGUCAUGCUCCUCGUCGUGUCCUGUGGAUUGGCAAGGCACUGUGUCCAAACCCAGCUCCACUUCUGCAUUUGUCUGCACAAACAGCGCACCCUUUGUCAGCGUCGUUGAUACAGACUCUUCCAAGUUCCCCACCGUCAGUGUAGAAAGCAAUGGCACCGUGUUUGAAGGUCUCCGUGACCACAUGGCCUUUCGUUUCAUUGGCAUCCCCUUUGCCAAACCGCCAACAGGCGCUCUACGCUUUCGGUAUGCCGAGGAUUGGAGUGCAAGCUACGUGGAUGCAACACGUUAUAGUGCCGGCUGUCUGCAAUACGGCUGGUUUGACGGGAAUGCGUAUGGAUUGAACCCCUGGGGCAACAGUGAGGACUGCCUGUAUUUGAAUGUGUACAGCUCCUCGCUUCCUGCAGCCAAUUCUUCGGCACCCCUCAAGCCGGUGAUGCUCUGGUAUCAUGGUGGUGGUCAGACCACCGGAACCGGGACCGACUCCACCUUUGAUGGUGCCAGCCUGGUCAGUCGCUCGGAUGUCGUACUCGUCGUGCCAAAUUACAGACUUAAUAUCUUUGGCUAUCUUACUACCGGCGACGAUAUAAUCCCCGGUAAUUAUGCUCUGACCGACAAGCUGUCUGCACUUCGUUGGGUGCAGAAGCACAUUUCUGAUUUUGGUGGAGACCCGAAUAAUGUCACCAUCUUCGGCCAGUCUGCUGGAGGUGGCUCUGUUAUCGAUGUGCUUACCUCUCCUUACGGGGAAGGAUUGUUCAACGGGGUUAUUCUGCAGUCCGCUGGCCGUGGUCACGACACGGCCCCAGAUGUUGCUGCUGCUACAAAUGUGCCUGUUCUCAACAAGUAUUGUAAUAAUACAGGGUACGAGAGGCUGCAGUGCCUGCAGGAACUCCCUGCCGAGACACUGCUCAACCUGACCUAUAGCGAGCUCACUUCGUGGAAGACCAUCGUCGACCAGAUCUAUGUGCCUGACAUAUCCUGGGCUCAAUUGGCUAAGGGACAGCCAUACAUCAGCCGCAACAUCAAGUAUCUGAGUGGGCAUAUGCCGGAGGAAGCUCAGUCUUUGCUGGAAACGGUGUUGAAUCCGAAUGUAACUAGCUGGAAGGAGAAUCUGGAGAUUCUAUUGAACAAUUCGCAGAUCACUCCUAAGCAGGCCGAAGCAAUUGUGACCUCGGGUCAAUGGCAAAUUGAGGGCUACUCCAGCAAUUAUACUAGCGAUCUGGCCAAGACUUUCUCUGAUGUCUACAACGCAAGCAUCAAUGUUGCCACUGAUGCUCAGUCAGUGCUUUUGAUGUCCAAUGGAUCUAUGUUAUACAUCGGGGGCUACGCACUCUCCUACUACGACUACUACGAUCUGUGCACGUUUCCGGUUGGCAGGCCCGAGACACCCUACUACCGAUGCUAUUCGAGCGAUCUGUAUGAGGUGUUUGGCACCUACUAUCUGUUUGAUCAGCCUAUCCGGGUGGACGAGGAUGUCUACUAUACCAAUGCAGUUCAAGACAUGUGGGCGUCGUUUGCUCGCACCGGAAAUCCUAAUGUCAAUCAGGAGUAUCUCAAAACUCGGGGGUAUAACAGCACAUUGGAAUUCUUCGAGAAUUGGUCUUGGCCGGAAUACACGACGUACAGUCCGGAGAUUGCGAACCUGCAGUAUCCUCCACUGGCGCAGUCGAUGCUGCCAGACCUAGCACACUGCAAAGUUCUGCUUCCAUACACGACAUUGAUCUGA